UGGUGGGUAACGUGUGUUCAAAAGUAAAGGGCAUCAGAGAGGAGAAGCGAAUUCCUCUUGCCUUCCUCCUUCCCCAUCGUCUCCCGCCACCGCUACCAUCGCCAUCACCGCCACGGCGCCACCGCCACCGUCACCAGACCAAAUAUCUCUUCUGCUUCACAUGAGGAAUGAAGGAAGCAGAAUAGAAGGACAAAACUGAGUCCUUUUCACUGCCGCCACCACCAGCCAAAGAAAUGCCACUCCCCACGAAGCCAAAGGGCCUCCUCCGGCCAGUCCUCCUCUCUAUCCUCGUGUUUCUCUCCACUUCUACCACCGAUCCCGGCGAUGUCGCCGUCCUCCGGGCCUUCGAGAAGGGACUAACCAACCCUUCCCUCCUCAAGUGGCCUCCCAACGACUCCGACCCCUGCGGCUCUUCCUGGCCUUACGUCUUCUGCUCCAACUCCCGUGUCACCCAACUCCAGGCCAAGAACCUCGGCCUGGAGGGACCUCUUCCGGCCAACUUCAACCAACUCAAGUAUCUAGCCAACCUCGGCCUCCAAAACAACCGCCUCUCCGGCCCCCUCCCUUCUUUCAGCGGCCUUUCUCUACUCCAGUACGCCUAUCUCGGCAACAACCAGUUCGACUCAAUUCCGGUCGAUUUCUUCGACGGCCUGUCCGCCCUUCAGGUUCUAUCUAUCGAACUCAAUCCCCUUCUCAACCAGAGCUCCGGUUGGACCCUCCCCACUUCCCUUCAGAACUCCGCCCAGCUCACCAAUCUCUCCCUCUCCAAUUGCAACCUCGUCGGCAUCAUUCCUGACUUUCUUGGCUCGAUGCCUUCUCUGAGUCUUCUCCGGAUGUCCUAUAACCGCCUUUCCGGCCCAAUUCCGGCGAGUUUCAAUGGCUCGAAUUUGCGGUUUGUGACGCUCAACAACCAGGUUGGUCCCGGUCUGAGUGGCCCCCUCGACGUCUUCGCCACCAUGAGCUCGCUGCAGCAGCUCUGGGUCCACGGCAACCAGUUCUCUGGCGUGAUUCCAGCAGCUUUCUCGAAAUGCGUCUCUUUGGCCGAUCUAAGGCUUAAUAACAAUAAUCUCGUGGGACCAAUUCCGCCGGAAUUGGGAACGAUUCCGGCGCUUCAGGUGCUUCUGCUGGACAACAAUAAGCUCACCGGCCCGAUUCCAGAUUUCAAGUUCGCGAAUUACUCGUAUACUUACAAUUCCUUCUGCCAGAGCGUCCCUGGGGUGCCCUGCGCUCAGGAUGUCAGUGCAUUGCUGGAUUUUCUCAAGGCCGUUAAUUUUCCGUCCUCCCUCUCUGCAAAUUGGGCUGGAAAUAAACCGUGCUCGAGCCAGUGGCUGGGCGUCUCCUGCAACUCCGACGGGACUGUUUCUGUUUUGAACCUUCCGAAUCGUAAUCUAAAUGGUAGCAUCAGUCCUUCACUUGGGAAGCUUACUUCAUUGGUGAACAUCAUUCUGGACAGGAACAAUUUGGUGGGUGUGAUUCCACCGGAAUUGACGGGAUUGAAAUCUCUUCGUCUCUUGAAUGUUAGCUCGAACAAUUUGGGCCCUCCGGUUCCGACCUUCUCCAAGGAUGUCGUAGUUGUUAUCGACGGGAAUCCGCUUCUAGAUCCGAACGCACCUCCGAGGUCAUCGCCGCCGUCCUCUGCUGGCUCCCCUCCGUCUUCUACGGGUGGUUCACCAUCUUCUCCUGGUAAUACGACACCCGGUACUGAGACUCCCGGUGGAAAUCAGUCGAGGAAGACGGUUGCCAUCGUCGCACCACUCGCUGCGGUUGCAGCAUUUCUUGUCGCCUUCGUCCCCAUUGUUAUUUUCUUCGUUAGGAAGAAGAUGAAGAAGAAUCAGGAGGCAGCCUCGUUCGUCGUCCAUCCUAGAGACCCAUCUGAUCCUGGAAAUGUUAUUAAAGUUUCCGUCGCGACUAAUUCUGAUGCUAGCAGGUCGGCCAUGAGUUUACAGAGUGAAACACAGGUUGUAGACUCCGGAAACCUCUUGAUCUCGGUCCAGGUCCUGCGUUCUGUGACAGGGAAUUUCUCACCAGAAAAUGAGAUUGGAAGGGGCGGAUUCGGAGUUGUUUAUAAGGGUGCGCUAGAUGAUGGCACCAUGAUAGCAGUGAAGAGGAUGGAGGCUGCAGUGAUCAGCAACAAGGCAUUGGACGAAUUCCAGUCGGAGAUCGCCGUGCUCUCGAAAGUUCGGCACCGGCACCUGGUUUCCCUAAUUGGGUACUGUAUAGAAGGCAAUGAGAAGCUCUUAGUUUAUGAGUACAUGGAGGGGGGUGCUCUCAGCCAGCAUCUUUUCCAAUGGCAGAAGUUGCAUUUGCAACCUUUGUCCUGGAAAAGAAGGCUCAUCAUUGCUCUGGAUGUUGCCAGAGGGUUGGAAUACCUUCACAAUAUGGCUCAUCAAAGCUUCAUUCACAGGGAUCUUAAGCCUUCUAAUAUCCUUCUUGGAGACGACCUCAGAGCAAAGAUUUCAGAUUUCGGUUUGGUGAAGCUUGCGCCCGACGGGAAGACUUCGGUGGCCACGAGGCUUGCCGGCACCUUUGGAUACUUGGCACCAGAGUAUGCAGUGACCGGGAAGGUGACAACGAAGGUAGAUGUCUUCAGUUUUGGUGUGGUGCUUAUGGAGCUUUUGACUGGAUUAACUGCACUGGAUGAGGACAGACCGGAGGAAACGCGAUAUCUUGCCUCUUACUUUUGGAAGAUCAAAAUAAACAGGGAAGCUCUGCUUGCUGCUCUUGAUCCUGCACUUGAUGUUACAGAAGACGCUGUUGACAGCAUUCAGAUUGUUGCGGAACUUGCCAAGCAUUGCACCUCAAGGGAGCCGCAGCAGCGACCGGACAUGAGCCAUGCAGUCAAUGUGUUAUCACCACUCGUGGAGAAAUGGAAGCCAACCAACGAAGAAGAUGAUGAGUAUGACGGAAUCGCUUUUGACAAGCCAUUGCUUCAAAUGGUGAAAGUCUGGCAAGCUAGUGAUGAAGCUGCUGUGAAUAAUGCAACACCAUCAGAUGACAGCAGGAGCAGCAUCCCUGCAAGGCCAACCGGAUUCGCAGAAUCAUUCACUUCCAUGGAUGCACGAUGAGUCAUAUUUUCAUUCCAUGUUGAUGAAGCUUCUUCCAACUAUUGCAGAAGAUGUACAUAGAAAGAAUAAUAGUACCACAGUUUUGUCUGUAUCUGUUCUUCUGUGUUCUUGUAAGUUUGUCUCUGUUUUGAGGCAAAGUUUUCAAUUUAUAUAUUGAUUGCUUGGAUGGGGUACCUUCCCAAACCCCAACUUAUGAUUGUCAUUUUCAA